AUGAGUUGGAAGGAUCCAUUUGUAACUGUCACCUUUCCAAGCAAAGUUGUACUCACUAUCGCCUCCAUCCUCCUGCUGAUCAUCCACACAGGCGUCAUCAUUGGAGACCUAUAUCACUUCCUUGGAUCCCAAAGGGUGGAUCUCAUGAGUUUCCAUUUUACUAUAACACUAUUGUUCUCACAAGUGGCCAGUUUUUAUUGGGCUUUGCUCGCAACCAUCUACACUUUGCAAGCAGAAGACAGUGUGCUGAUGUGUUUUGCUCUCACAUCUCUUGCCCUGAACUUCGCUGUCUUCAUUGUCCGUUUUGUCAUGGAGUUUUUCACCAUUGCCUACAGGGAAGAGCGCUACGAAUAG